ACGAUAGCAGUGGCAGUUUAUUUUUUUUUACUUAAUUAUUGCAAUAAAUAAUUUAAAUUAAAUAUACGGAGGCUGUCGUCUUUGGUAUACGAAGCAAGCUCAUCUUCUUCGUCUUCAACUCUCUUUCUUCUCUCUUUUUAUCAAAUUUCACACGAAUCUCAGAGGUUUCCAUCAGGUUUGGUGGUGUCUAAUGAGCUGUUUGUAUUUAAAGAAAUUUCUGAUAAUUCGAGAUUUAGAGGAGCUAUUAGGAAUAGAGAAUUAGAAGCUGUGUGUAUAUGAUAGGGUUAUAACAACAACUAGGAGAAUAAGAAUAGGAGUAACUAUGUAUAGGCCUCUGCCGACUAGCGCUACUCAAAGUGGAUCACCUUCGGAAAGUGGUGGCGAGACUGUGGUCACACUAGAUCAAGUUCCUUGUUGGAGUGACGCUGAGUUUAGGUUAUCUAUUGAUGCUGAGAAUUCCGGUUAUCCGAAUUCUUAUUUCCCGGAUCCUUUAGCUGCUGCGUCAUCUGGAGGAGGUGAGAGUGGGGUAAAUGGAAUGGUUUCUAGGUUUCCUGUUGACCAAGAGAUUAACUCCAAGAUUUAUUUGUGGAGAGGGAAUCCUUGGAAUCUUGAGGUGGAUGCUGUUGUCAACUCCACCAAUGAGAACAUGGAUGAAGCACACAGCAGCCCUGGUUUGCAUGUCGCUGCUGGACCUGGUCUUGCUGAAGAAUGUGCAACACUAGGUGGCUGUCGCACAGGCAUGGCAAAAGUUACCAAUGCAUAUGACCUUCCAGCUAGGAGAGUUAUACAUACAGUUGGCCCCAAGUAUGCAGUUAAAUAUCAUACUGCCGCAGAGAAUGCCCUUAGUCACUGUUAUCGAUCUUGCCUUGAGCUUCUCAUUGAGAAUGGUCUACAUAGUAUUGCAAUGGGAUGUAUAUACACGGAGUCCAAAAACUAUCCACGUGAACCAGCUGCUCAUGUGGCAAUAAGAACUGUGCGGAGGUUCCUUGAGAAACAGAAAGAUAAAGUAACAGCUGUUGUUUUUUGCACAACAACUUCAUAUGACACUGAGAUAUAUAAGAGGUUGCUCCCACUUUAUUUCCCACGUGACAAGCAAGAGGAGGAGGUGGCCAUCUCCAAGCUUCCUGCUGAUGUUGGGGAUGAAAAUGGCGAAACAACCAUAGAUGAACGCAAAAUCAGAAUAAAGCCUUUGCCCAAAGUGAAGAAGUCUGUUCCUAGGUCUUCUCAAUCUCCUAUGGAUGUUCCUGUCAGUGAAGUUGGAUUGGUCAGACGGAACUCUUCGUAUUUGGAUUCUUAUCUGGAUCCUACUUUUAUGUCCCUAAUAAAGGAUCCAGAUCAGAGACGCAAGGAACAGUGGGAGAAAACAGCUCAAGCACAGAAUGGGUUUAAUUUUGCUAAAAUGCUUGGAUAUGGUGACAUUGGAGGACCUCCCCUAUCUGCUGCUGAAGAAUAUUCACUUCAUUCUAGAUAUCUCUCAAAAGCAAAUUCUCUUAAUCUUUCUGAGAUUGCAGAAAUGAAAAUUGUUUACCGAGGUGGAGUUGACAGUGAGGGUCGGCCAGUAAUGGUUGUGGUGGGGGCACACUUUCUUUUACGAUGUCUAGAUCUGGAACGGUUUGUGUUUUAUGUAGUAAAGGAGUUUGAGCCCUUGAUGCACAAGCCUUUUUCUAUUGUGUACUUCCAUUCUGCAGCAUCUCUACAGAUGCAACCAGAUUUGGGAUGGAUGAGAAAAUUACAGCAAAUACUUGGUCGAAAACUCCAACGAAACCUACAUGCUAUAUAUGUGCUUCACCCUACUUUUGGACUGAAAGCUGCAAUUUUCGCAUUACAGCUAUUUGUUGAUGGCGUUGUGUGGAAAAAAGUGGUAUAUGUUGAUAGGCUUUUGCAGCUAUUCAAAUACGUUCCUCGGGAACAGCUUACUAUUCCAGACUUUGUGUUCCAGCAUGAUCUCGAAGUUAAUGGAGGAAAGGGCCUUAUGGUGGACCCCAGAACGAAGUAUGUUUAUCAGCGACCAUAGUCAUCUUCCUGUUCAAGCAAUUGUCUAUUAUUCUUUUAAUUAGCUGAAACUUUAGAGUGUAGGGGGUUGAAAUUUUUAUACUUAUCGUGUAUCAUUAUUUGCCAUUUUUUGCAUUUUUCAAACCUUGUAUCUAGAAUUCAGUAUAUUCUUUUUUACAUCCCCUUGUAUCUAGAAUUCAGUAUAUAUUAUUUUUUACAUCCA